GUCAUCAGUCGUGAACGGACUCGGGAGAAGGAUGGAGGAAGAGGCACGGAAGCUUCUCGAAGAAGGAAUAAGCAAGAAACUGGUCAGUCCUGGAAAAGGAGAACCGCCGAUCUUCCCCAAUGGCACCAAGGUGGUCUUCCACUACCUCACCCGCCUCUGUGAUGGCACAGUGCUGGACGACUCCAGAACCAUGGGGGGGCGCAGCAAACCCAUGGAGCUCAUCCUGGGCAAGAAGUUCAAACUGGCCGUGUGGGAGAGGGUGGUCAUCUCCAUGAGACAAGGAGAAGUGGCCGAAUUUACCUGUGAGACCCAGCACACCUCGCUGUACCCACUGGUGUCCCAGUCCCUGAGGAACAUCAGUGCUGGUAAGGACCCGCUGGAAGGCCAGAGGCACUGCUGCGGCAUCGCCCAGAUCCACUCCCACCACUCUCUGGGGCACAAGGACCUGGACAAGCUUCAGGCCAGUCCGCAGCCUCUGGUCUUCUCCAUCGAACUGCUGGAGGUUCUCACUCCGGGGUCGUUCCAGCUGGACGUGUGGGCCAUGUCAGACACAGAAAAACUUGAGCUUGUGCCUCAGAUCCACGAAGAGGGCAACGUGCUCUUUAAAGAAGGUCAAAUUAAGGAGGCUACUGAGAAGUACUACAAUGGUAUCGCCUGCCUUAAAAAUCUACAGAUGAAGGAGCAUCCUGGAGAUGAAGCGUGGGUGAAGUUGGACCUCAUGAUCACACCUCUGCUCCUCAACUUCUGUCAGUGCAAGUUACUCACAGGGCAGUACUACGAAGUCAUUGAACACUGCUCAUCCUUGGUCUUCAAAUAUGAGGAUAACGUGAAGGCCUUCUACAAGCGAGCUAAGGCCCACGCUGCAGUGUGGAACCAGACAGAGGCACGAGCAGACUUUGCUAAGGUGCUGGAGUUGGACCCCUCCCUGGGACCGUCUGUAGCCAAAGAGCUGAGGGCCAUGGAGGAUAGGAUCCGCUCCAAGGAGAAGGAGGAGAAGGGUCGCUACAAAGGCCUAUUCGACCACAACGCACCCCCAGCAACUGCCACUACAGGUUGAAUCUGUCAUUGGGUUGAAAACAAGUGGAUGUCUGUGAAUUUCAAGAUGGAGGAGAAACAGUGGACACUGCUGGUGUUUUAGCUAUAUCCAUGAUGCACCCAAGACAAACACUCUUCCACCUUGUCCUCUAUGGUCGCACUCUCACGCGGUCAGGUUGUACAUAGAAACAAUGCACCCACAAUUCAUCAAGGUGCAGUUUGCAAUUCAGCCACGAUUCAGUUUUCAAUUGGGACACAUUCACUUUAAUGAAAUUUAAAAGUCCCAUUCUGACCGUUGCCAAGCAGCACCAGUCAUUCCGAGCAUUGUGGUCUUGAAUAUAACAAAAAAUUUCAAUUACUCACUGAACCUUUUCAAGUUUUUUAGAAAUUAUAUAAUUAUUGGCUGACUUGUCAACAGUAAUGUUACCUUCAGAUACACCUAGCAACAGCCUUCACAGGAAUUCCUAGAGAUUUUUGUUUUUCACUUUGUGCAAUGUCAUUAUUUUGCAAUUUCUAUACCAAACAUCAAUUUGCCACUGUAUUAGAAACAAGUAUCUUACACACAUACUGUUAAAUAACUUUAGCUGUGGGAUAAUUAUUUUUAUUACCUGUAACCUCAGGCAAACAAAGAGAAUUUACAAGUGAAUGUUCUCCUUUUUUUUUUUUUUGCACAAGGAACACGAUGUACUCUCGUGAACACCUCUGCCUUGCACUGUCAGAGAUUGUUUUCUGUCUUGAUCAAUAGACCCCAACAGGAGGCCAUUAUCUCCUGGGAGAAGCAACUGGGAAACUGAGCGGUCUUUGACAAUCACUAUGUAACCCACGUGGAAUUGAUCCCUUUGCUUUCUCCUGUGUUCUUGUUUCGUAUAUAUAAGAAAUCCUACCAUUAUGUUGUUUUUGUCAAUAUAUAUUCAUCAAUAACCCUUGGCAUCUCUUCCACCUGGCCGCUGUACUACGAAGCUUGUUCACUUCUGAUCACCACAGAACCUUUUUGUUGAGCGGGUCACCUGCUCCUGAGCAGGUUAUGUGGGAGAUAAGGGAUCAAUCAGUAUAAAAGCACCGGCCACUGAUAAAUCAAUUUCCUUGAAACAUCAGCGUUCUUAGACGGUCUCUGAGGAGGACAAAAGUCAACAGACAGACAAAAUCCGUUUACCUACUCUGAUGAGUACCUUUAUGAAAUAUAUAUAUUCUCAUCAGAGGGAAUAAUACACCUUUGUCAGCUGGUGGAGGCAACAGAAGCAACCUAACACAUAGGAACAAUGUGUUCACAGUAACAGACUGUCUGCAUCGCUCUAAGUUUCUUUGGGAGCAGUGGGAUAACCAGACAGUUUUAUAUUUUCAUCCUUCCCUUUAAGUAGGUUUAUCCUAUGAAUUUAAAUAUGUAUUAGGAAUGGGGGAUAGAGUUUACAGAUUUACCUUGUGAGCGCCCCCAUCCCUCCCCUCUCUCUUUCUCUGAGACUCUGAACAAUCAGCCCUCACCAUAAUGACAGUACACUGUUGAGUGGUGUGCACGCUCCUUAAAGGGAAGGAUAAAGGCCAUUUAAAACAAUGUCUGGUAGGUUAAGCCAAUCGCUGAUGCCCACACUCCCAGUCAGUGCAGACAGUGUGUGUCAAACCAAAGCUCAUUAUAGAGGCUACACCACGUGAGUAAGUGAAACGUUUUGUCUCUCAUCCAAAAGGCUUCUUCACUUAGUUCAACAGGUCUUUUAGUAAAGAGCACAUUCAUAUUUCGUGGCCCUUAGUUAUUUAUCUCCUUCCCAUCCAAAAUUAUAACUAUAUAUAUAUUUUAUGUCACACAAUCUUUUUUUCCCAAAUGUAACUUACACAUUCACACAAUUAAGAGAUUUUUUUGCCAUCUGUCAAUCCUGUAUUUACCAGCUGUGACUGUUUCUUUUAGUCGGGAUAAUGUGUUUGUUCUCCACCUCUUUUUGUAAUGUAACAGUUGCUCCUCAUUGUGAAAUAUGCUGCUGCCAGUUAUACGCGUCCAUGUCUGUGAUUGGUCAUGCGCAGUAAACACCGCCCCUUUUUAUGUGUACACGUUCAGACCUUGACGAGGCAAACCCGAGUUGACUUAACCAGUUGAUAACCAGCUUCUUGUGACCGCUUAGCCAGCCUGCGAUGGUUAUCCUGGGUAUGUUGAGCUCGCUUCGUAGUACAGGCUCCUGCCCAGUAAGAGCUACGCUUACUGUUCAUGUGAAGCAGUGUGUCCUUAUCCUGAAGUGAGAUGUUAUUGCGGUUGUGAUUAUGUAACUCAAAAUAAAUGUUUAUCCCAAA